AUGUUGGUAUUUGCCCCUGCACACUUUGACAGUGUAGAAGCAGUAAAUGCUCCUGAUGGAACGCACACAAAUGCCCUUCUCAACUCUUUGCUACCGACUGUAACACUGAACCCACCCGUGCUUCUGUGGGGCACGCGUAUGCCCAACAAAGCUGGGUCAGAGACAGUAGCUGAAAAGGCCAAUGGUAUCCUGGCCUGUAUCAGCAAUAGUGGUCAGCAGGACCAGGACAGUGAUUUCCCCCCUGUACUUGGCACUGGUAAGGCCACAGCUCGAGUGCUGUGUCCUGCUUUGGACCCUCACUACAAGAAGGACAUUGAGGUGAUAGAGCGAGUCCAGAGAAGGGCAAUAAAGCUGGGGAAGGGUCUGGAGCACCAGUGUUAUGAGGAGCAGCUGAAGGAACUAGGGUUGUUUAGCUGGGACGAAAAGAGGAUCAGGGGGAACUUUAUCAACCUCUACAACUACCUGAAAGGAGGUUGUGGCACAAAUCUCUUCUCCCAGGUAACAGGAAACAGGAUGAGAAAAAAUGGCCUCAGUUUUUCCCAGGGAAGGUUUAGAUUGGAUAUUAGUAAUUUCUUCCCGGAAAGGGUUGUCAAAUGCUGGAACAGGCUGCCCAGGGAAGUAGUGGAGUCACUAUCUCUGGAGGUAUUUAGAAGACACCAAAGAAGCUGUGACACUUGGGAACACAAUUUACUGGUGAACUUGGCAGUGCUGGGUUAUCAGUUGAACUUGAUGAAUUUGUGUGUCUUUUCUUACCUCAACGUCUCUAUGUUUCUAUGA